AUGCCAGUUGUGCAUGGUGGACUAAGGAGUAGGAUCAAUGAGAGAAGAUUCGGUGGUGUGCCGGUGGAGGUGUGCUGGAGGUGUGCUGGUGGCGGUUUUGGAGGCGGCAAAGGUGGAGGUGUGGGAGGAGGACUUGGUGGUGGAGGUGGUGCUGGAGGCGGUGCAGGUGGUGGCUUCGGAGGUGGUAAAGGUGGAGGUGUAGGAGGAGGAUUUGGUGGCGGUGCUGGUGGAGGACUUGGCGGUGGAGCUGGAGGAGGUGCUGGUGGUGGAUUUGGAGGUGGUAAAGGUGGAGGAAUUGGAGGAGGAUUAGGUGGCGGGGCUGGUGGAGGUUCUGGUGGUGGGUUCGGCGGAGGCGGUGGAGCUGGUGGAGGAAUUGGUGGCGGAUUUUGA